UAUAAAAUGCGUUGUUUCAAACUAGCGGAUAGAAGAUCAAUUCCUUUUACAAAUGCAAUUGUAAUGGUUCAUAGAAUAAUCAAAUGUUUUAUUAAGUACUAAUAAAAAAAAAUGUUCACGGAAAAACAUUCGCUUUUCUCAAGUCACUGUAAUGACUGUGAAACAAAAAAAUGUUGUUUUUUUUUUUGUAAAGUAGUUUGAACCAUGUAAAGUACACAGUUUGGUGUUAACUUAUAUAAAAAGACAUUAAAAUGGUGGAUAUGAAAAAAUUGCCUGUUUAUUUACACAUCUUUAUAGGUUUGUGUCAUUAUAUUGGGAUGGAGCAGCAAUUUAGGGCAAGUGUCCGUUUUAAUCAUAACUUAGCCUCCGGAUAUUGUUUAAAGAAUCAUACAAAGACAAGUUAUUCAGAGUGUCUUGCACAUUUUGAAAAGGGCAAUACCAGUUUCAAUGCCAUGGUGUACAGGAGAUCAUUUUUACUUUGUAGUUUGUGCUACGUUCCUACGAGUCUGAGUGUAAGAAAAGAGCCAGGAUUUAUGAUGGCUCAUACCCAUAUUACAGACACAUCAACGGAGAAUUUGGCGCUAAAUAAACCAACAAACCAAAGUGCAACAUUUUUUACAUCUGCAUAUGGUAACGCCUCAUCCACUCUUGCUGUUGAUGGAAACAGGCAGACUGCAAUGGUACAAGGUAAUCGGUACGUAUGUGCUCAAAUAGACUCCGAUUCUUCUGGCGAGUAUUGGUGGAUCGUGGAUUUGGGACACAUUUAUUCCGUUUCAAAGGUGGUGAUUUAUAACCGGAACGACUGUUGUGGCCAUUGGCUCAAAGAACUUGAUAUAAAAGUUGGAGAAAGCUUAAGCGAGAAGAGUAUGCAUUUGUGUGAACAUUACAAAGGACCCCCCGCGACGGGGUAUAUUGUGACAAUUAUUUGUCAGCAGCCGUUGUUAGGAAAAUUUGUACAAAUUAAAAAAACAAUCAAUGAAGGAAUGGUAUUGUGCGAAGUGGAAGUGUAUCAUUAGUUUAUAUAAGCAUGUAAAAAGUAUAACAUAAGAAAAUAAUUCGGGUUUUUGCCAAUUUGACUGUAUGACAAACGUCUUAUAAGAGCGUGCUAAAUCUUAAAACACAAUAUGUUAGUAUUUCCUAACAUCUACAUAUUUCCUAUUUACAUUUAAAAAUGCUUGAUGUAUUAAGUCAUUUUUAUGUUUUUAAAGAGAAGUUUUCAUCAGUGUUAAAUAAACACCGGUACCGUUGGCCUAGUGGUUAAGGCGUCCACCUUCGGAUCAGUAGGUCGAGGAUUCGAGCCCCACUGGAAGCGUUAAUGUAAGGAUGAAUGUUUCUCGUGGGACUCGUUCCGAAAUAGCCGCUUCAUGAGCUGCGAUGUAAUUAAAAUGAAUGUUUACCGAUGUCUAUCCACCUGGCGCCUGGCAGGGUGGUAGGAUUUGGGAGGACAUGGUAUGCAAGCAAAAGGUGUGUCAUAAGUCAGAAAUGGCUGGCCCUUUCAGUAGGGGUGACACUAUAAUAAACAAGACCUUUACCCUUACCUUUUUUUAAUACAGUCAUAUGUAUAUAUAUAAUUGUGUAUAUCAUGAUUGUGCAUUCUUUGCCUAUCGUGAUUAAAUUUUGCAUUCUGAAAACAACAACAACAGCAAAAACAACAACAUCUUUAUGAAUGAAAUGAGAAAUGAAAUAAAAUAAAUUAUGAACAUUUUAUAAUUCCUAAUUAGUUAUUUGUUUUAAAUGGUAGCUUUUCCAAAAGAAUGAUAGAUCGAGAGCAAGUUCAUCUUAUACUAUCAAUAUAUGUUUUAUUCAUCGCCUCAUAACGAAGAAGAGCAUCAUAAAUAUUUACUUAAAUAUAUUUUAUGCUCAAAUUUGAUAUUUCUUAAUACUGAUAACUGCUAUAAAGAGUCUUUUUUAAUGUUAAAUAAUCAUAUUUUGAGUACACUCAGAGGCGAUAUGUUACGUUCAAAACUCUAGACACUAUAGCUUAACUCAGUUUAAAUAUAUUGUUUAUAUAAAAAAAAUAAAGCAUUAUUUUUCCAGAAAAGUACCAGGUUAACAUGAACAGUUUAAAGGAAAUGUAGCCUCCAAGACAUAGUUUAUACAUUCUCUUAUACAAAUUAGAUAUAUUCAAUAUAUAUGUAUCAAAUGAGGAAGGGGAAUAAAGCGAAACAUGUUUUGAUACUUAAAUUUGUGUUGGUUUUUGAUCCAAUUGUCGCAAUAUCAAUAACAAUUUCCUUGAUUUCAUUAAAUUUCUUCAAUGAAAGUA